ACGACACGGGCUGCGACGAAGCUUGGCUGCGGUUCGGAUGUUGUUCGGUGUUGUGGCGGCGAAAAAGAAGGCGCCACGGGAGGUUCAGCUGCCCCAUAUGAUCCACUUCUGCCUCCCCAGGAGUUUAUAACAACUCAUAUAAUACCAUCAUGGCGCUAUAACCUAUCCUCCUCCCCCUUCGAGCCGCAGGUUGUGAGAAUCGGGCUUCGUUGGUCCGCCUACAGCUGUCGGGCCCCGCACAGCCACAUAUAAGAAGGAGCCAUGUGGAAGUGGUACUCUGCAGACGAUCCGCCCCCAGCACCAGCAGGGGCAGCAAGUACCCAGAAGAGCGUUGGCGAUCAUUCUGUGGCAGAUUUAACUGAGCAGCUGGCCCAGAAUGAACAACUGGUAUUGCAGCUGAAGGAACUAAUUCGGGAGAAAGAUAACCAGCUUCAUGUGAAAGAUCAGCUGCUUAAGGAAGACAAAGAAGCCUUUGAAGCAAAAAUUUCCAAAAUGAAGCUGCAGACAAAAGCAAAGGUCACAUCACUUUCUGCUCAGCUGGAAGAUAUGAAGAAGCAACUCGGUGCUUCUGGUACUAAGGAGCAGACAACUGGGAAGCACAAGCAGUCCUGUGAUGGCGAUCAGGAACAUGCAGCUGCAAAUCGAGGUAAAAUUUUGAUGUUGAGGAAAAAGGUUGAAGAGUUGGAAACACAAGUUGCCAAAAAAGAUUCAGAAUUGAAGAAGACGCUUACAGAGCUGCAAGUCCAGCUGCAGCGUGGCUCCGAUAUGGACAUGAUGCUUGCUGAGAAGGAUAAGAAACUGGCUGAAAAAGAGGCCUAUAUUAUUGAACUCCAGUUAACUGCUGCUUCAGAUCAUGCACCUCAACAAGUAAUUCUACCUAGUGAAGAAAUUAAGACAGUGCAGGAGCAGGUUGCAGAAAAGGAAAUUUCAAUCAGUGAUUUGCAGUCAAUGGUUCACAGUCUGACUAGAAAGGUUGAAGAGAGUGAAGAAAGAUUCAGCCUUCUCCAGGAACAAGCAGAAAAUCUGAAGGAUCAGCUCAACAAAGAGAAAACACAGUAUCAAGAGAAGGAGGCAAUGUACAUGAAAAAUAUUCAUGUGUUUCAGGAAAUGAUUCAAGCAAAGGAAAACAAACUUGCUGAACAAGCACAGAAGCAUGAGCAGGAGCUCUUUAUUGUGGCAUCAAAAUCAGAUGCCAGUGCCGAUUUUGAACAGUUGUUGAAAGCCCUCAAACAAAAACUUCAUGAGAAGGAGGAGGUACUAAUGGGAAGGACACAAGUUGUGGAUGUGCUGCAGAAAGAGCUUGAUGGGAGAGAUCAGCAGAUACGGGAGAUGAUUGAAAAAUUGAAGAUUCUUCAGUUAGAAAAAGACAAUCUUGAAGCUAAGCUUGAUGCUGAAAAGCAUGUGAUGAGAGCCCAAGUAAGAGAUCUGAUGGAAAGACAUGAGGCAGACUUGAAAAAUAUGAAAGAGAAGCACAACAUUCAAUUGCAUGCUAUUGAAGAGAAACAUGAAGCUGAGCUGACUGAGAAGGAACAACGUCAAUUAAAACUUCAGAAACAAUUGCAAGAUUUACAAGCCCACAGUGAUGUUUCUGUAGCACUAGAGACAACUGCUACUGUAGAUAAUGUUACUAAACAGAAGAUUAAAGAAUUGGAAGAGCAACUGAAACUUAAAAUGGAAGAGGCUGCUAAAUCAGAGGCCAAAUUCCUGAAAAUGAAAGCUUGGUCCAAAUCCAGAAUCAGGCAGGCAGAGGAAGAUCUAAGGAAUGCAAUGACUGGAACUUCUCACCAGGAACAAAUUGCCCUCAAAAGCCGAGUUGCUGAACUGGAGGAAGAGAAAGGGGAACUAGAACAAAAAGUGAAUGAUCUUGAAAAGCUGAGAGCACAAAACGAGGAUCUUCUGGCAAAAUUAGAACUGUAUGAAGAGCAGCAACAGAAAAUGCAAGCAGAUCUAGAACAGGUGACCAAGCGGGCAACUUCCCAGACAAGUGAAUCUGGGAGUGCUGAAGAGCUGCAGAGUCGUCUGCUUGAGUGGCAAGAAAUGGUUUCUGAAUCGGCACGAGGCCAGGCCAAAGAGGAGAGGGCUGUCAUGGAAUUACGGAUGACACAAAUUGAAGAAGAAAGAGAAGGACUGAUUGAGGAUGACUGGUUCUUUCCUGGCUGCUCUGAUCCAGCUUUGGUCUCAGGACAGCAGGAGCUGGAGGAGGAACUGGUGCAACUUCGAAGACUAGGACAACGCCAAGAAAGGAAGGAACACGCCACAGAAUGCCAAAAGCUCGAGGGUGACUAUGAAUAUGAUGAGAAACAGCAUUUUGAAGAACCUAACAUUAGUAUGGAUAGCACUGACAACACUGAAGGGGAGAACUUGGGAGGUUUGUGGCCAGAGUACAGUUCCCAUCAUACAGGAUUGAGGGCAGUUGUUGAGGAGCUAGAACUGGAACGGAACAGACUACAAGAACAAAUCCUAGUGUUGGAGGAGCGCUGUCAGGAAUUGGAGGACAAAGCACAGCUCCGUACCAGAGUAGAAUUCCACCAGGUGACCUUUGGUGUGUGUGAAGAGGGGCAGCUACUGAGGGUUCCCCAGAAUGAAUGUGAACGCUUGCAAAAUCAACUGUCCUUUGUGCGAAGUCAGCAAAGCCGUGAUUCUGAGCAACACCAGCAUCAUAUUUCCAGUUUGAAUGAGCAGUUGAAAGGAGUCAUGGACAAGAAAGACGUCCUGGAAAAUUCACUUGUGGAAAAAGAACAAACGCUGGUAGAAGCCUUGGCAAAACUGGCACAGAUGGAUAAAUUAAAAGAAUCCCUGGAAGCCCAGAAAAUAAUCAACCAAGACUUUACAGAAAAACUAUUGCAUAAUGAGGAAAAUCUAGGAAACGUUACCAAGAAGUGCAGUGCUUUUGAAGUCGAAUGUGCUGAUCAGAAAAAUAUAGUCCUGGACCUCACACAGAAGCUUUCUUCAAACAAAGAAAAAGUGCAGAAACAGGAAAUUGCAAUGGAAGUUCUACGCCAGGAACUAGAGCAGACAAAUGAUGAGCUAGAACGGCUUAAUUCGAGCCAUUUGGAAGAACGAGCCCGUCUGAUUGAUGAUUUGCAAAGUUGUGAAAGAGAGAUUGACACACUUAAAGAGACGAUUGUAGAGAAGGAGUAUAGGCUGACUGUCCUUUCCGAGAGCAUGGCAGAAUAUUCAGAGCAGAAUGAAACAUUGAAAAUGCAAAUUAGAUAUAAGGAACAGGAGACUGGAGAGCUGCAAGCAGCCUUAGCAAAGGUUGAAAUGGAGGUCAUGUUAUUAAAGAAGGCUCAAUCUGUUGAUGAGCAGGCCAUGAAUACCAGCAUUUCUACACUUGUAGAUCAACUUUCUAAGGUAGAAUCUGAGCUCAGUACUGCUCAACAUGAAGCUGAAGCUAAGGGGGAAGAAAUUAAUGCUUUAAUGAAGCAGAUUGGAGAAAAUAACAACGUAAUUCAAAGUCUACGCUCAGAAUUACAGAAGGAGAAUAUAUCAAAUAAAGCUCAUCUUGUAGAAUGCAGAGCUCAAGUAUCCUCACUUGAAAAUAUGGUUUCCAUAACCACUCAACAGCUUCAGGAAAGAAAUGCUAGCAGCCAACAAGAAAUUGAAAAACUCAAGGCUCAGUUGAUUGAAAUCAGCUCGGCAAAAGGAAGACUUGACAGUUCACUCCAAGAGAAGGAGGAGAAAGAACAAUGUUUGGAGAAUGAGUUGAAAACCUUGAAAAAUCAGUGCAACAACCUUAUAGCUGAGUCUGUUGGAAAAGAGGAAGAGUUGGCAAAGUUAUCCAAGCAUUUUGCUGAACAUAGAGAAGAAGCUGAAAGCAAACUGCAGGAGAAGCUGGAUAUUGUUGCCUCUUUGGAGCAAAGGCUUCAAACUGUUGAACAAGCUAAUUCUCAACUGAUGCAAGAAGUACAGGCUAAAGAAACUGAAAGGCAAGAUUUAAAAAGGCAAGUGGAUGAAGUGACCAGAUUAGUUACUGACUUGCAAAAACAAACAAAAACACUUGAUGAAACAAAUGUGCAACUGCAGGCAAUGGUGAAAAAUCAAGUUCAGAGCCUUUCAGACCAAGCUAAACUUCUAUCUGAGUCAAAUGAAAGUGCUGCUAAUACUAUGAAGAUCAAGUCCAAUUUGGAGUGUCAAAUGAAAGAGCUGUCCGCUGAAAAUGAAAAUCUCAAGAAGAUCCUUAAUAAUAAAGAUGAUGAGCUUUCAAAGAAAAAUGAUGUUGUGCAACAGUUAGAAAUUGGGAUAACUUCCAAAGAAGAACAGAUUUUACAGUACACAAGCACAAUCUCCCAGCUUCAAAAAGAAAAAGAAGCGUUAACCCCAAAGCUAGAACUUCUAAAAGCUUUGGAGCAGAAGAAAGUAACAGUGGAAGAGCAGUUGCGUGAAAAAAUAAAUGAGUGUAACUUUCUGCAAAAUCAAAUUCUGGAGCAUCAAAUAACUACUGAGCAGAUUAGAGGGCAGUUGCAGCCUUUGGCAGUACAGCUUGAAGAACUUAGGCUUUUAAACGCUGAAAAGGAGGUUGCGUUGAGCAAAAAAAGUGCUGAAUGUACGUCACUCCAAAACCAGCUUUGUGAAGGACAAGAGAGAUUGUUGCAGCUACAAGAUCAGAUUCAGGAAUUUGGUAGUGAACUUGGGGUCAAGGAUGUGGCUUUAAAAGAAAAACUAUCUGAAUGCAAUGGCCUGCAAAAAGCACUAAGUCAGUACCAGCUUACUGCUAAUAGCUUAGAGAGUCAAGUACAAGCAUUGACAGAAGAAAAGGAAAAGCUCAGGCAGCAGUUGGAUGAUAGAGAAUCUCUCCUCAGCAGCAAGUCCAUUGAAAAUCAUGACCUGCAGGGACAGCUUAAUCAGAAAGCUGAUACAAUUUUGUUGUUGCAGAAGCAAAUGGAAGCAUUGAGUAUUGACAAAGAAUGGCUUCAGAGCGAAAAUAAAGAGUUACAAAUAUCUGUCAGUAAGUGGACUGCUGAGCAGAAUCAGCUGCAGAAAAAAACGAAUGACUGUGAGUCUGUGGCUGCGCACGCACGUGAUCAAGCACAAAUUCUCAGCUCUGAAAAUCGCAAAUUUAAAGAGGAACUUGAGGAGAUGAGCUUUGCACUGAGCAGUAAAACAGAUGAGAUUACAGCCCUUCAAUGCUUGCUUUCGCAAAAAGUGGGAAUGAAUGAAGGCACCAGCACCUUAAAUGUUGCCACUGGGAAAUUUACAUUGGAGCUUGAAGAGAAACAAGUCUCAUCGAAUCAGCAGGCAAUGUUACUGCAACAGCAGCAAGGCAAAAUGUUGCAAGGGGAAAGGCAAUUGUACCAAUAUGUGCAGAUAAUUUCACAAUUGCAAGCUCAGGUGCAAGUUAUGAUGUGUGAAGCCGUUCAGCUUAAACAGACAUUGCAAGAGAAAGAGACAACCCUUCAACAGCAGACUGUUGAACUUGGAGAGCUUCAGAAAAAGGCCGCAGAGCAUGGCGCACUGGAAUUGCAAUCCAUAGAAAAUAUGGGAACCAUUUCGAAACUUCAAAACCAAAUCCAGGACAUGACUUUGAAAGCUCAUGAGCUAAAGCGCACUAUCGAGGAAAGAGACCUGCUGCUGGCCUGUAAAGUCGAAGAGUGUGUCAAAGUCAAAGCAGUAUUUUCUGAAACCGAGGAUUCUGUUUCGCAGCUUAGAGUGCAACUGGCAGCUGCUAGCUCUGAAGCUGAACAGCUAAAGACUAUUAUUCAGGAUAAGGAGCUGGCUAUGUUGCAGAUCAAGGAGAGUACCACAACUUGCAAUGAAGCAUUGAUGUUAAAGAUACAGGCAAAGGAAACUGAAUAUGCAGCACUUAGUGAAAAGUUUAUUAAUCUUGAACAUUUAUUUUCACAAUUAAAUAGUCAAAUAAACCAACAGAAUUCAGAAAUAAGCCAGUUGAAAGAGGCUGUUGUUCAAAAGGAGGCUUCAAUUUUAGAGCAGAGAAAACUUGUCAGGAAAUGGCAAGACAAAGCGAGUGAGAGUGACUUGCUGAAAUCACAAUUCACCGAGAGCACAGAGCAGAUUUCUCAACUUCAGAAUCAAGUGCAAAACAUGCUUUCUGAUUCAAAACGACUUGAGGAGUUACUGCAGGAUAAAGAAACUGCUUUUAGCCACCUGCAGGAAAGAUAUGCUGCACAGUCUGAACAGUUCAGGGAACUUCAUAUAAUGCUUCGUGCAAAGGAGGAAGAAAUAGCAGGACUUCAGACAGUACUUUGUGAAAAAGAUGACAAUAUUCAAGUCAUAGAGAGUAAUGCAAAUUCUUUGAUGGUUGAAGUUAAAUCACUAAAAGAGGAUCUGCAGAAGAGUCGGGUGUCAUUAACUGAUUAUGGGAAUGUUUUGCAGCAAAAAGAUGAAAUGUUUGCUAUUAAUCAGAGGAAUCUGGAUAGCCAGAUUGCAGCUCUAGAAGCACAAAAAAUCCAAUAUAAGGAAGCUGUAGAACAACUUGAGAUGAUUAAUCAGGAUUCAAAACAAAAUGAACUAAUCCUUCACAAAAAAUAUAUGGAUCAGACACAGUGUAUUGAGAAACUUGAGUCAGAGCUAAAGACUUUGAGUGAAAAAUCAGCUCAAGACAAUCAAGAAAAAGCAGUGCUGAUUGAAAAUCUUCAUCAGCAGUGUGAUCGACUCCAAAAAGGAAAUUCACAAUUGGAUCACCAGAUUAACAUGAUGAAGAUGGAAAAGGAACAAGUGAGUGCCUCAUACCAAAAGCAGUUACAACAGAAAUCGGAUGAAUUACGGAUGCUUGAAGAGAAGCUUGCAACAAUGUGCGAUAUUAAUGAGAAGCUUGAUGUUGCACAGCAUAUGAAGGGUGAAAACGAGUGUCUUCAAAAGCAGGUCAGUCUAAAAUCAGAGAAAAUAGCAAAACUGAAAUUGGAGGUUCAGAAAUUAGAGCAAAAUCUGAUGGAAUCAGAAAGGAAAUGGUUGGUGGAAUUUGGAAGGGAAACUGAGAAAAAUAGUCUGCUAACAGAGAAACUGAGCAAUUUAGAGAAUCAAACAGAGUUGAAAGAUGUUAAAAUAGGCAGCUUACAAAAGGCACUAGAUAAUUUGCAAGAGGAACUUUGUGAACAGUCAUCUGCAUUACAUACCAGUGCAAAUCGUCUGCAAGAGCAAGAAGUGCUGGCAUCAAACUUCAGUCAGCAAGUUGUUGAAAAACAAUCCAGACUGGAUGAAUUGUCAGCCUUGGUUUUCAGCAGUGAAUCUGCAGUGAAUGAGUUAAAGCAAAUUCUAUCUGAGAAAGAAAAAGAGAUUGAAAAUUUGCAAAGUAGCAUUUCAGCAAGUGAAAAAGGUAGGUUAGAAAUUACAGAAAGCAUGGCUGAUAAAUUAAUUUCUUUUGAAGAAGAAAAGUUUUCACUCCGUAAUGAACUCAAGCAAACCAAAUUAAGUCAUCACUUGGAAUUAGAAGCUUUACAAAUACAGGUAACUGAUCUUCGGGAGAUGCUGGAGCAAUCACAAGCUGAACUAAAAGAAAAGCAACACGUUUUAGAUGAACAAAGUAAUUCAGUACAAGAACAGAUCAGUGCUUUGGAGGAGAAACUUAACAAGAAGUCCCAACAGUUGGAAGAUGCAAUCAAGGAAGGGGCUCAGCAUUUUGAUUCCCUGCAAAAGAAGGAGCAAGCGGCACACAUAUUGACUAUGCAAGUAAACCAACAGCAAGAGUUGGUGCUUUCUCUCAGUCAGCAGCUGAGAGAAAAGGAUGCCUCUACUAUGCAGCUUACAGAAUCCAUAUCAAAGGAAAUGGUUAAAGCAGCAGAAGAGGAAAAACACUUGAAUAAUCAAAUACAAAAGCUUAAGGUGCAAUAUUGUGUUUCCGAUGAAAUGAUAGACAAGCUUACACGUGAACUGGAGGAGCAUAAGAAACAACUGGAACAGCAAGAAAUUCUUCUGAGUACAAAAGAAAUCCAGUACCAAGGCAUUGCUACUGAAAAUGAACAGUUGCUUUCGCAAACACAAGUGCUGACAAAGGAGAGGGACUUGCUGAAAAAGAAGUUUCAAGCUGCAUUACUAACUAGAAGGGAUUUGAUGAAGAAAGUUCAAGAGUUGCAAAAAGGAGCCAUCGCUGACACAGUGAAAGAUCAGCAAAUCACAGAAUUGCAGCACAAUUGCAGAAUGCUUGAAAGUCAGAAACAAGAGCUUACCUCUGAAGUGACAAUUGGUCAGAAUCAGAUCAAACAGCUUGAAUCACACCUUGAAGCCCUGAAACAACAGCUGGUGGAAAAGGACACUGAUAUAAAUAUUCUUAGUGAGACCCUUUCCACAAAAGAAAUUGUUAUAGAACAAUUGCAAGAAAAUGUCAGUAAAUGGGAAAUGGAAAAGGAAGCCCUGUCUGUGGAAUUGCUUAAAACUGUUCAACAGAAAGAUUCCUUAAUUGCACAACUUCAGUCUGUUUUAAAAGAAAAGGAGAAAGCAUUCGAAGAUGAGUGCUAUCGACUUAAUUCAGACCUUGAGAAACUUAAAAUCGCGUUAUCUAAAGAAACAGGUCACUCAAACACAGAAUUGCACGUUGGAAGUGAAGCUCCUGGAGGUGGUGGCUUUGGUGUCAUUGAGGUCGUCGACCAGCUAAAUGUGCUUAAACAAGAAAAGGAACAUUUACAAAAGAAACUUCAGGCAGCCCUUUUGGCUCGGAAGGAAACCAUCAAAAAGGGUCAGGAGAAGGAUAAACAUCAUAAAGAGCAGCUCUCCCUCCAGAGGGAAGAAUACAACAACAUUUCAGAAAUGUAUUUUGUGCAAACCAAAGAUUUAGAAAAUGUGAAAGAAGAGCUAACUGCACUUCACCAAACAUAUCAGACAAAGCUAACAGAAUUUGAGUGUAAUAGAGAGUUAAUAGGAACUUUGCAAAAGCAGUUGCAUUCUGUCAAUGUCAUGCUGAAUGACAAAGAAAAGAUAUUGGAACAGCUUAAAGUUCAGCUUGAGGAACAGGAGAGCAAAAUGCUUGCUGCCUUAGGUCAGCAAGAUGAAGUUCAGGUUCUUGAGAAGAAAUUAGCAAUUAAGGAUGCUGAUAUAAAAAGCCUUCAAGGUGAAAAUGAACAACUUCAGCAAGAUAAAACAAAACUAAAAUCAGAGUUAGGAAGUGCACAAGUUAGGAUUGUUGAAAUAUCAGAAGAGGUCCAAAUGUUAAAGCAUUCUCUAUCCAGUCAAGAAUGUCAGCACCAAGAGGAAAGGGAGAGUCAGGCUGCAGAGAUUAACCGGCUCCGAAAUCAGUGGCAGUCAAUCCAAGCUGAAAAUGACCUCAAAAUUGCUCUGGAAAGAGCACUAGAGGAUAAAGAAAAUUAUUCUCUCACUGUAGAAAAUUCAGCUGAAUCUAUAGCUACUCUCAAAACACAACAGUUGGAUUUACACAGAGAGAGAGAGCAAAUCCAAACACAGCUGACCACCUUUAAGGGGGAGAAUGCAGAUGUCAAAUCAUUAUUGAAGCGGGCUUACCAGUCUCAAAAAGCAGGUGAAGAAGAGAACCUGCACACGCAACAAGUACGGUCUGCGCAAUCAGAGCUAGUGAAGUUUCAUGAGAGUUUACAGGAACGUGAUAACACUAUAAAGUCCUUGGAAUGUACAUUGUCUGAGAAACAAAAGCUUUUGGAGGAACUGGAAUUACAAGUACAAAAGCAAGCAAUAUUUUAUGAAAUGGAAAAGGAAAGAACAAAAACUUCUACCAUCGAAGUUGAACAGAGGGCAGCAGAUAAUUCUGAAGAAAGCAAGUCUAAAGAGCUGAUUCAGAGAAAGCUACAAGCUGCGCUAAUAUCCCGGAAAGAGGCCCUGAAGGAAAAUAAAACUCUGAAGCAGGAUAUUAAUACUUUAACAUCAGAAAAAGAACAACUUACUUCCAAGAUUUCUACCCUUGAAAGAAGCUUGGCUGAAACGAAGAAACAGCUUGAGCCUUUACAGCAAGCAGCUUCUGCACACCAUGAAGAGAAGAAGAGGCUUCUUUCUGAAGUAGAUAGAAUAUUCACAGAAAAACAGAACUUAAAUGUUGCAUGCGAAAGUCUAAAGCAUAAACUAGAAACAAUAACUCAAGAGAAGCAAGACUUUUCUCACCAGCUGGAUUCACUAAAAAAUUCCCAGGCAGCAGAACUGUCAGAGUGGAAGGCAAAACGCGAUGAAUUAAAGAAUGAAUAUGAGUCCCUUUUGCAGUCCUAUGAAAACAUUGGAAAUGAAAUGGAUAAGAUGAGACAGAUAGUUGAAAUGACCAGAAAGGAAAAGCAAGAAGUAGUUUUCAAACUCCGUGAAGUUGAGGCUGAGCGGCAAAAUAUUGAGAAACAACUUGAGGAGGCUAGUGAUCAAAAUGAAAAAAUGAAGGACAAAAUGAGAAAGCUUACAAAAUCCAAGCAGCAGAGAGUUCAAGAGCUUGAAGGGGAGAUUGAAAGAAUCAACAGUGAAUUGCAAACCAUUUCUGCUGCAAAUCAGAGCCGCACGAGUGAAUUGCCCAUUCAGUACAAUCAGCUCCUAGAGGAAAACAACUUGCUAAAGCAAACCUAUGAGGAGCUUAAAUCAGAGAUUGAUAAAACUCAGAAUGAGAAAGAGCAUUUACUGAAGGAACUUAACACAUCUACAUCUAUCCUAGAAGAGCUACAAGCCAAAGAGACAUUUUAUCAGUCUGAAUUACAGUCUGAAAUUGAUAAAUUCCAAGUAAAUGAGUCAUUAUCUUCAGGCAUGCAAUCUCUGGAGGUCAAGGCUGGAGAGAUUCAAGUUUUGGAUCAAGCAAGACCAUUGCUGUCCGAGAAGCUUCGACAAUUGAAGUUGCAUCACAAGAUGGAGAGCCAUGGAAAGAAUGCUAUAAUCGUAGAACUUCAACAAGAAGUAAAAGCUUACCAGCAAGAGACUGUAAACUUAAACGAAAAAGUCAAAAUUUUAGAGGAUGACAAAUCCCUUCUCCAGGAAGAACUUGAAAAUGUUCAAGAAAUGUCAGAGAAAGUCAAAAACGAGAAAGAGUAUCUGGAGGCGGAAUUACUUAACAGUGCUGACAAAAUCGAUCAGUUAACAGAAGCAUUGAAGACACUUCAUGUGCAAAACAAUUCACUUGUCAAUGAAUUACAUGGCUUCAGAGAAGAGAAAUGUCAAUUGGUCAGAGAAAAGGAAACUCGGGAAAUAAAAUUGGUUAAAGAGUUUGAGGAGAAGCUACGGUCUGCUCGGAGAGGUAAAACCAGACCCUAUGGUGAAACCAGAGAGUUGCAAGAACUGUUAAAAGAAAAGCAACAAGAAAUAAAUCAAUUACAGAAGGACUGCAUCAAGUAUCAGGAACUUAUUUUGGAUUUGGAGCGAGCAAUCAAGACAACCGAAUCUGCCUGUGAAGAAAUUCGAAAGAAACUAGAAUCUGCAACUACGAAAGCCUCCAAAUCUGAAGAGCAAAUCAGACUAGUUCAAGAAGAACUUGUUUCUUAUAAAGCCUUGCUUCGUGAUGCUAGAAGUGAAGCUAAUGGCUUUCACGCGCAGUGCUUAGGGCUAACAGAAGAACUACAAAGAAAUGAAGAGAAAACAAAAGCCCAAAUUACUGAAAAAGAGAAGGAACUACUUAUGAUUUUGGAUCAACAGAAAACAAUUCAUCAAAAAGAAAUAGUCAAUUAUCAGGACAAACUAGAUUUGUUAGAACGUGACAAAGACAGGGUGGUUGCAGAACUCUUAGAAGUACAGGCUGAACUAAAUGGCCGGGAUCUGCUGAUUAAGAAGCUUCAGGGCGAGUUGAAUAACAAUUUAGCGAAUUUGGCAGCAUUCACAAAGUGUAUGUCCUCGCUCCAAGAUGACAGAGACAGGAUUAUUGAAGAAAGCAAGAAAUGGGAAACUCGAUUCCAAGAUACUAUCCAAAAUAAAGAAAAUCAAGUGCAAGCAAAGGAAGAAAUGUUACAAAAACUUCAUGAAGAAAUCAAGCUAAAAUCCUUCGACCUUAAAGAACUCCAGUACAGAGCUUUGAAGUUAGAGCAGACAAUAAAUGAACUUACUGUGAGCAGUAAAAACGCAGAGAGCAAGCAUCAGAAUGAAAUGGUUAACAUGAAAGAGAUCAUUUGCAAAGACACUGAAAAAAUCGAAGAGAUGGAGGGAUUGUUAAAAGAAAAAGAAGUAGCCCUAAACAAAUUGUCACAGGAAAAUAAUUACUUAAGUGCACAGCUUUCUGACAUGAGCCAUUCUGUAACCAAGUUGAAAAUAACAGAGCAAAUGCUGGAAAAAGAUCUGACAGAAAAACAAUCAGAAAGUCACCAGCUUCAGUCUGAAAAUGAGAAAUUAAAUGCUGACCUACAGAAGCAGAAUGCUAUUUCCCAACAGCUGAAGCUCAUGCUAAGCAAUAAAGAUGUGGAGAUCUUGAAACUCAUGUCAUCAAAAGAUGGUGAAAUUUCAGAAUAUGUAGCAGAAUUACAGGAACAAUAUAGAAAACAAAUAGAGGAUUAUGAGGAGAAGUUGAAUAUUUUCCAGCAUGAUAGCCAAAAAGCAGCCAGUGAAUCCAAAGAAUUACAGGUGCAGAUUGAUAAAAGCAGAGAAGAGAAAGACAAAGUCGUUGCCAAAAUGGACGCAUUUACAAAAUCAAUGGCCUCCCUUCAAGAUGACCGAGACCGUAUUUUAUCGGAAUAUACACAACUGGAGCAGCGCCAUCUUGAUAUGCUAAGUCAGAAAGAUAGUAUUAUUCAGGAAAGUGCAACUGAAAACAAUGAACUUAAGCAAGAGAUCAGAAAUCUGCUCAACCAGAUGGAUGAUCUUAAUUCUGAAAAUGCAAUGCUAAAAGCACAAUUAAUUAAGUACAGGGAGGAGCUUAACCAGGUCUUGUCCUUGAAAGAUAAUCAGUUGAAGGAGCUACUGCAAAAGCAACUGCAGCAAAUUAAGAAUCUAGAGAAUGAAAAAAGCAGCCUUGAGAAACAAUGGAAAGAAGCACAGAGCUCCCUUGAAAAACGUAAUGAAAGCAUAAAAUCCUUGCAAGUAGAGAAUGAGCAAAUUAUGGAACAAGUUACAGAACUCAAGACUGCUACUUUACACACACAAAGGGAUAAACCUGAAGCAAAUGAGACAAAAUUAAUUCUUGAACUUCAACAGAAACUUGAAUUUAAAACUCUGGAAUGUGAUGAGCUCAAAAAGGAAAUCAAUGUUAAAAGAACAAAUUUAGAGGAACUUGAAAACAAACUUAUUAAAGCUGAGGGUCUGGCCAAGUCAGAAACCAGGAUUAAAAUCUCUGAGAAAGCUGUUGAAGUGCUUCAGGAAAGAACUGAAGAAAAGCUGGUUGUAUUAUCAAAAGAUUUGUUGAAAGAGGCUGUUUGCCUCAAAGACCAGAAUUUAUGUAAUGACUCCUCUGAGAUAACGUGGCUUCGAGAUAAAGUGGAAGAACUAGAAAAACUGCUUCAACAAACAAAAUUGCAAGAACGCACUGAGCAGGAUCUUUCUGCCUGUCGGAAUGAAUUGGCUGAACUAAGAUCAGAGAAGGACUUCCUGCUUUUAGAGUCUAGAGCUAUGAAAGAGCAAUACCACUUAACAGUGGCAGACAGAGAUAGACAAAUUGAGGAACUGAGGAAAUUGAACCAGGAGGUGUGGAGUAGUGAAUUGGGAAAAGUAAAUAGUGUGUACCAGGUAAAGCCGUUGGAGAUUGUAUCCUUACUGGGCAAUGAGAACGUUACUGAACAAGUGAAGUCUCUGUUAAUAGAAAAGAAACAACUGCAGAGUGAAGCUCAGGGUUACUUACAAGAGAUUCACCAGAGAGAACAGCGAUUCCAGCAGCUGAAUAGCAAGGUUAUGCAGUGCAUUGAAGAGAAAACCACAUUAUCUAGCCAGCUAAAGGCAGUCUCUCAGACUCUGCGUGAUACGCAGUCGCGUUAUGGGGAUCUCCAGGACCGUUACUACAGACUAGAAAGACAGUAUCAAGCUAUACGAUCAUCUUUGCAGAAUGAAGAACAAAAUGAAGCUAACGAAGAAGUUCCACCAGGAGCUCCACAGGAGCGUGCCAGUGUUAUAGUGGAAAUUGACAACUUAGAGCUGAUUGAACUACGGAGGAGGCUUGCAGAAUCGGAUCAACGUAAUGAUUCUGCUCACCAGGAGCUCUCUCAGUUAGCAGAAAUGCUAGCACAUGAAGAGCUAAGAAGGAGUGCUGCUGAGGAAGCAUUGAUAGCAGCUGAAGAAAUGCUUAAGCGUCUUGAUAUGCCUGCUGCCAGACAACCACCCAGAGAGUACACCAUACAACUGGAAUCAGAUGAAGAACGUGAAGCCUUGAUUAUAGAUCCCAGUGAACAUGUUGUGGUCCGGAAGGUGAAGAGAGGAGCACUUUCCUUCAAGCGGUGGUUGCGUGGCCGAAGUUUAUACUGCACAAAGCUAAUGAGUUCAAGGGCCAGAUCACGCUACUUAGUCUUUGCUUAUUUUGUGACGCUACAUGUUCUUGUUUUCAUGUGUCUAACGGGACUUUUAUAGGUACACUGCAUUGACCAGAGGGAAAAGAUUUUGCUGAACAGUAUACGUGUUUAUGGCGGGCAGUGGGGGGGGAUGGGCAGGUGUGAUUUAACCUAACCCCUCUAUUGGGAAAGUGACUGAAUGGGAUGAAAUGUUAGUUUUAUGCUCUGUCUAACUUUACUCUCCAUUGAAGUCAAUCGGUGGGCAGGAUGCAAAACCAACAAUCUGCCUGAGCCGGCUUUCCAAACUCUGGAUUAGAUAAAAGUUACUCUGUAUUCGUGAAAGCUGCUAAUGAUUUGAGCACUGAUACACUUAUGUAAAUUCUAUUCAUGUUAAAGUAUUGUAUGAAGUGUAUUGUCAAGAUAUGUUUAUAACUGCUGGUGAGAUUGUGAACUGGGUUUAAAACUGUAAUUGUUUGCCUGCUAUUAAAUUCCAAAGUUACUCUGCUGCUUAUGUUUAUAUAAUAGCUGCAUUAUGUAAAAUUGUGUAUAUUUUCUGAUGUGGAAAGCAAGAUUAUUUAACUCUACCGCUCAAGAGGUAGAAAAUCUGGUAAAGGUUGAAAGAUUAUUUUUGUGCUUGGAAAUGUAUUUGUAAAUUGAAACUUUGCAGGUAGUUGAAGAAAAACACUGAAGUUAAUUUAAAAUACAGUGUUACUUUCAUCUUGAUUAUGACUAGAUGUUUGUAACCAGAGUGCAAUGUAGAAACACACAGGUUUUGAAUAUAUUAUAUCAGCUAAUUUCUUGUUUAAGAAAAAGUUCUUAUUAAAAGUUGAAAUGUAUCAUGUA